AUGAGUAUAAGCAGUGAUGAGGUUAACUUUCUGGUGUACCGAUACUUGCAGGAGUCGGGAUUUUCCCAUUCAGCAUUCACUUUUGGUAUAGAGAGCCAUAUCAGCCAGUCUAAUAUCAAUGGUGCCCUGGUGCCACCUGCUGCUUUAAUUUCCAUUAUUCAGAAAGGAUUGCAGUAUGUUGAGGCAGAAGUUAGCAUUAAUGAGGAUGGCACACUUUUUGACGGGAGGCCGAUUGAAUCUCUCUCCCUGAUUGAUGCAGUUAUGCCUGAUGUGGUACAGACAAGACAGCAGGCAUACAGAGACAAGCUAGCACAGCAACAGGCGGCAGCUGCUGCUGCCGCUGCAGCGGCUGCAGCCGCAGCAACAGCAAACAACCAGCAGCCAUCUGCAAAGAAUGGUGAAAAUGCAGCAAACGGGGAAGAGAAUGGAGGACAUGCACUAGCAAAUAACCACACUGAUAUGAUGGAAGUUGAUGGAGAUGUAGAAAUCCCAUCUAGCAAAGCAGUAGUAUUACGUGGUCAUGAAUCAGAAGUGUUUAUUUGUGCCUGGAACCCAGUUAGUGAUCUAUUGGCAUCAGGGUCAGGUGAUUCGACAGCACGGAUAUGGAAUCUUAGUGAAAACAGCACUAGUGGUUCAAACACAGCUGGUCCUUAGACACUGUAUACGAGAGGGUGGACAAGAUGUUCCUAGUAACAAGGAUGUAACCUCCUUAGAUUGGAAUAGUGAAGGAACACUUCUAGCAACUGGAUCCUAUGAUGGCUUUGCCAGAAUAUGGACAAAAGAUGGAAACCUUGCAAGCACCUUGGGGCAACACAAAGGACCUAUAUUUGCCUUGAAAUGGAACAAGAAAGGAAAUUUUAUUUUAAGUGCAGGCGUAGACAAGACGACCAUAAUCUGGGAUGCACACACAGGGGAGGCAAAACAACAGUUUCCUUUUCACUCGGCACCAGCGUUAGAUGUGGACUGGCAAAGUAACAACACAUUUGCAUCAUGCAGUACAGAUAUGUGCAUUCAUGUCUGCAAAUUGGGACAAGACAGGCCAAUAAAAACAUUCCAGGGACACACCAAUGAAGUGAACGCAAUAAAGUGGGAUCCCACUGGUAACCUUCUUGCAUCCUGUUCUGAUGACAUGACCUUAAAGAUCUGGAGUAUGAAGCAAGAUAGUUGUGUUCAUGACUUACAAGCACAUAACAAAGAGAUAUAUACCAUCAAAUGGAGUCCCACUGGACCAGGAACAAGUAAUCCGAAUGCUAAUCUAAUGUUGGCAAGUGCAUCAUUUGAUUCUACGGUUAGAUUGUGGGAUGUAGAAAGAGGAAUCUGCAUUCACACGCUGACUAAACAUCAAGAGCCUGUGUACAGUGUAGCCUUUAGUCCAGACGGCCGGUACCUGGCCAGUGGUUCUUUUGAUAAAUGUGUACACAUCUGGAAUACACAGACGGGUGCAUUAGUUCACAGCUAUCGGGGAACAGGGGGCAUAUUUGAAGUUUGCUGGAAUGCAGCAGGAGACAAAGUUGGAGCAAGUGCAUCAGAUGGUUCAGUUUGUGUAUUAGACCUACGAAAAUAG